AUGGAUGGAUAUAGCUGCACUAUUAAGAUCACACACAACUUAGUUGAUCGUGAAUUGGUGAGUCCUAAAGUAUACUUAGAAAGAGGAACGACACGAACACCUCCAUCAUAUAGGAUAGCAGCAGGUUAUGAAGAUGCAGACAAGAAAAUUGCUAUCUUUGACUCCGACGAUAAGAUAACGAAAACAGAUUUUGUUUCGUCAGGGAGCAUGAGCUACGACAUUGGUAAGUCGCACCUUCUCAUCGUUGUAUGGAAUGUAGUGACACAUGGAACAUUUUUGCCCGGAGAGGGGAAAAAUUCCUUUUAUUUUGCUGUUGUAAAAAAAAAGGAUAUCGACUGGAAAACCUCCUUGAAGACAUGGUACGACUAUGCGCAGAAACAAAUGAAUGACGCUUCGACAACAGGACGUUAUGUUGAACUAAUAAACAAUGCUUCUGACGCGAGCUUUAAUUUUACUAUACAUACUCACAUGACUAAUGAUAAAAACGCCCAGUUAAGCUUGAUUAUCAAUGAUCCGCGCGCAACAUCUGAAACAACCCCAACAACACGUGCUCUUGCUACAGCCAUUGGAAUGAGUGCACUUUUUACUGUAAUGGGAAGUUUGAGCAAAAUGGCGCUAAGGCAUUUACCCACCGAUACCCAAUCAGUUGUAGUAACGGUGCAAAAUGAUUUCGUUCUUACAAGUUUAGAAAAUCCGCAAUGGAGUUUGAAACAGGCCAUUAUUUUUGACUCCAUUCCAUUCGAGAUCCCUGCUCAGGAAGAGCGGCAAAUGACCUUUAAGGUCCCUUUUGGUUAUACCGGAACAAAAAGUAUCUUCGGCAAAACAAAACACUCUGCAAUUUUUGUAAGUUACAGGAUAAAAGGAACUGAACAACGCCUCACUUUUACAAUUUGGUGGGCGAAGAAACUUAAAUUAGGUUCGGAACUUAACCACUAUUCAGUUUCCCUCAUGCGUGGCAGUAUUAGUCCCAGUUUGAUUCAAAAGAUUCUCAAAAAUCGCGGAAGUACCGACGGGUAUGUGGAAAAUGUCUUAGCAGCCACGCAGUACUUGGACUACCAAUGCAGAGAAGACACAUUUGAUAUUAUGCAAGUAGUAAAUGGUGUUCAGUCCAAGGUCGAGAAAAUCGUUCGUAUGGCUGUAACAAUGGGUGAUAGCACUGCCAGCAAUAUGGUAGUAAAUAUCGGGGAAAGGAAAGGAAAUAAACUUGAUAGAAAAGAACCAUUUUUUCAGGCCUGCUAUGAAAAGUAA